AUGCACGUGCACCGCCAUACGAAGAGGGAGGGAGGCAUCGACAUUGCACAGCUGGCCCAGAGGACCACGGAAACGAUUCAAGAAGCCACGCGCGCCAGGCUGGUGCCGCGUGCUUCGUGCACCAACGAUACCGACGAAGGCUGCGUCAAGCCCACCCAGACUCCGACCUUGUUCAUCGUACUAGCCGUGACUCUGCCCAUUGUGAUUGCUACAGUCGUGCUCGUCUUUCUCCACCGAAGAAAUGUCAAGAAGUUGGCGGCCGAAGACAAGGACGACAAGUACAAGUCAUUGGACUUCGGCGUGCCUACUCCCGGCAGGGGAAAGAAGGGACCUGAGAUGAAGCUGAGCGAUGUUGAAAAGUCCCAUGGAAGAGGAUUGUCUCUGGAGCCGGAUCUCUCCAGCCCCUACCUGCUCCCUGCCGGCCUGCAUGGCUCGCGCGAAUCUUUCCACUCACUCUCCCGCUCGACCAAGGACUCGUAUGACCCCUACGGCCCUGUAUCUUUUGGUGGUGAUAAUGCCAGUGUCCGCAGCGGCAGCCGCGCCGGCCGUGACGGCAACGAGUCAGUCUACUCGGCUUCGACCCGCACCAGCGACAAGAUGAAGAACAGCCUGCUCAAGAACGCACAGAGGAUGUCUCAGUCCGUGCCUCUGCGCACCUCGCCAUCGCCUGAACGUGCUACCGAAAAGUCCAUUCCCGAGAUCAGAUACCCUGAGCAAGCUGCCACGCCAUUGAGCCCGUUGAACCCGCGCUUCGCUGACCCACUUCCACCUGCUCCUGCGCCCCCGGUCCAGGCCGAUAAUGUCGUCGAGCAGCCUACCAAUGCCUACGUCGCGUAUGCGCCUCCGUCCGCCGCAAAUCCGCCUCCGCCUCCAGCUCCUCCCGUCCAAGAUAACAAGGCCCGCGCAACCACUACGCCCAGCCCACCUCCACGAGUUCAGUCGCAGAACGCCUUGGUCAUGGAGAGCAACACGAUGAGCAUGUUGAGUGACUCCAGCUACGGUGAAGGCUUCCAGAUUACUCCACCUUCGCCUCGUGAGUCUCAAACUGAGCCGCCCGCUCCAUUGGCCCCGCAGCCGCGUCGUCCCGUGUCGAUCGUGCAAAAUGGUGGAAACAGUGCCCUUGCUGUUGACGAUUUCGGACACAACACUAACCGUCUGUCAAUGAGCCUUCGACCCCUGCCCCCGGCCAACGAUGACCCCAACGAAGACCCUGAGCAACGUGCGAACCGUAUCCGGUCUUUCUACAAGGAGUACUUCGAUGACUCGAAGCCCGAGCCCGCUGGUACCCAGAUCUACAACGACUACUACGAGGACUACACUUCAGAGUAUCUCGACGGCAGUGUCUUUGACCCGCAGACCGGCAACUUCAUCGUCGCCCAGCCCACAGCUCCGUUCGCUCAGCCCGUUACUCGUCGUGCAAUGACCCCCCCUCCGCGAGCACCACCACGGUUCCGUAGCAACACGAACGGCUCUGCUCGCGGCCCUGGACCCCAUAUGUCUCAAGGCUCAAUGGGCUCUGGAUUCCUCCCGCCUCGCAACAUGAGUUCCAUGAGUGGUCGUCUCCCAGCAGCCAGGAAGCCCUUGGCACCACCCACACCCCUUACUUCCCUGCCCACGCCCGGAAAGCUCCAGGAUGACUUCGGUAUCUUCAACGCCGCUGACUUCGCGCCGCCUGUCUCAAUCAGGGAUCUCCAGAAUGGCAGGAGGCCAGACAGCCCUCUUGGAGCCCCCAGGCCGUUCAGCCCUACAGUGAGGCCCCAUACCCCGCUGGCAACCAGUUUCGACGAGCUUGCACCUAUGCCCAGCCCACACAUGCUCCGCAACUCAAGCACGUUCACUGCAUUGGACUUUGCUCCUCCUCCCAAGUUCCACGACCCGUACGGCCCCUCGAACGGGUCUGAUGCUGGUUCGAUCCGUUCGAACCGCUCAGGCAUGUCGAACACGGCGAGGAUGGCGGUGCGUAACGGCGCCUACCGCGUCAGCAGGAUACCCAAGGAAAUGGUUGGCACUCAGGACGACAUGGCCACCACGCUGAGGCCCACUCUGAACAUGGUCCAACGUGCAUAG